UCCACGUUCCUCAAAUCUGGGGCAAAGCAAAGCCAAGGGGGGAAAAAAGAGCGAGAACGUCCGGCAGUUGCCAAUCGCCUUGCAGAGACCGUGGCGGGCUUGGCUGCGCUGCGCUCGGAGCGAAAGGGCCAAAGGAGAGCCCCCGGAGGCAGAAGGGCGAGUGGGAAAAGCUCCUUCCCCAGGACUUUCCCGGGCAGGCGCUGCAUGGCCCUCCGCUAAGGGAGCCUGGCGAGACGAGAGUGCCGGGACCGACCGACCUUCCUUCUCCGCCUCGGCCAUGGCUCUGGCGGGGCAGAAGCUUCUGCUGCGGGGCUCGCGGUGGCUCUUCCUGGCCGCCCUGGUGCUCACCUGCGAGGGGCGAGGCGGGCAGAGAGAGGACGGCGGCGCCGCCUGCUACGGGGGCUUCGACCUCUACUUCGUCCUGGACAAAUCAGGAAGUGUCCUACACCACUGGAGUGAAAUCUAUUACUUUGUGGAACAUCUGGCUCACAAAUUUAUAAGCCCCCAGUUGAGAAUGUCCUUCAUUGUCUUCUCCAAUCAAGGCUCAACCCUCAUGGACCUGACAGAAGACAGGGAAAAAAUCCGCCAAGGCUUGGAUGAGCUUCAGAAGGUCUUGCCAGGAGGAGACACCUACAUGCACGAAGGAUUUGAAAGGGCCAGUGAGCAAAUUUACCAUGAAAAUGUUCAAGGUUACAGGACUGCCAGUGUCAUUAUUGCCUUGACGGAUGGAGAACUCCAUGAGGACCUUUUCUUCUAUUCUGAACUAGAGGCCAACCGGUCCCGUGAGCUGGGAGCAACAGUAUACUGUGUCGGCGUGAAGGACUUCAAUGAAACUCAGUUGGCUCGAAUUGCUGACAGCAAGGAUCACGUCUUCCCUGUGAAUGAUGGCUUUGAAGCUCUCCAGGGAAUCAUCGACUCUAUUCUGAAGAAAUCUUGCAUCGAAAUCCUUGCUGCAAAACCUUCCAGUAUUUGUGCAGGCGAAUCCUUCCAAGUUGUGGUGACAGGAAAUGGCUUCCGACAUGCCAGGAAUGUGGAUCGAGUCCUCUGUAGCUUCAAAAUCAAUGAGACAGUCACGCUUAAUGAGAAACCCUUUGUAGUGGAGGACACCUACUUACUCUGCCCGGCGCCUGUCUUACAAGAAGUUGGCAUGGAAGCUGCUCUUCAAGUGAGCAUGAACGACGGCCUCAGUUUCAUCUCCAGUUCCGUCAUCAUCUCCAGCACACACUGCUCUGAUGGGACCAUCCUGGCAAUUAUCUUGCUGAUCCUCUUCAUUCUCUUGGCUCUGGCUCUCCUGUGGUGGUUCUGGCCACUUUGCUGUACUGUGAUUAUUAAAGAGCCCCCGCCACCCCCGAUGGAAGACAGUGAGGAGGAAGAUGAUGAUGGGCUUCCGAAGAAGAAGUGGCCGACGGUGGAUGCUUCCUACUAUGGUGGGCGUGGAGUUGGGGGCAUUAAGCGGAUGGAGGUUCGUUGGGGAGAAAAGGGAUCGACCGAAGAAGGGGCGAAGCUGGAGAAGGCCAAAAACGCCCGAGUCAAGAUGCCAGAACAAGAGUACGAAUUCCCAGAGCCAAGGAGCCUCGGAAGCGGCAUACGCCGGUCCUCCUCACCACAUAAGUGGUAUUCGCCUAUCAAGGGAAAGCUGGAUGCCCUCUGGGUUCUUCUGAGGAAAGGCUACGACCGGGUGUCCAUCAUGCGACCACAGCCAGGAGACAAGGGACGCUGCAUUAACUUCACUCGAGUGAAGACCUCCCAGGCGCCCCCCAAGUACCCGCUCAACAACACUUACCACCCUCCAUCCCCACCACCUGCCCCUGCUUACAACCCUCCACCCCUUGCCCCCAUCUACACCCCACCCUCCCCCAGCUCACCCACGCCCCCCACCCCUUCCCCACCUUCCACGCUGCUUCCGCCCCUCCUCAUGCUCCUCCCCAACCGGGCUCCUCCCCUUCCCGCCCCCGCCCGCCCUUCCGUCUAAAGGCCAAGCCGCUCUCCCCCAGGAGCAUUCCUCCAGCCAUUUCCCACAGGACUGUUUUAAUUCCAUUAACAGAAGCGGCUUUUGCGUUCUGAGAAAAGAAAAGAAGAAACUGCUUUUAUUGUUCCUUUUUUUAAAAAAAACAAAACAAAAACAAAAAACCCUGAUGCCUCAACUGGUACCGGAAAUCUCAACUCACCUGUUUUCAGUUCCAAAAGAAUCUUUGCAAUUCAUAAGAAGGAAGGAAGGAAAGACGGACGGACGGAAGGAAGACUGCGGGAUGAAGAUGGGAGAGAAUGGCAUCACUGGGCAGCCAGGAGUCCCUGGAAAAUGGCUUUCCCCAUAAUUUCGUGGUGGGAAUGCCUGCAGAAGAUCCUUCUUGUGAUCACAGAACCUACUGCAGCCCAACACAAGGCCAUUCCUACCAACUGGGCCGAUGCUGCUGGGAUCUUCUACCAGGGGGUUGAUAUUUUCCAUGGGCCUGGACUUGGGUGUGCGGGCCGCAAGAAAUACAGGAUGCAACAUGGAUGGAGAGCAGAAAGACUCCAAGGGCCGCCUGCCGCUUUGCAAAAUCGGAAACAAAACCAUGUAGCUUUUCUCAGCUAAGGACAGGCCAUCGAGGAAGUUGGAGAGCCAGGCUAGGAUGGGAAGAAGUUCCACCAUCCUCUGUGGCUAUAUUGACAGACAUCCUGGGCCAAUUUCUCAACGCCCGAAAGCAUCAAGGAGCAGUUGAUUUUAUAGGCAAAACACAAAAGCCGCUGGAAAUAAUGCCAAACACGCUCUCCUCCUCCUCCUCAGAGUCUUCUUAACAAUGGGUCAAAUUCUGGGUGAAGUUUCCUGCUGGCCAGCUUAGAAAAAUAACCAACCCAGAUUGACAGCAGGACAGCCAGGGUGAGAUGCAGAGAACUGGAUUAACAUGACAAUUAUAUACGCCCAACUAUUGUUUUUUUCUUUGUCUUUUAUUCUGAAUAACUAUGGUUAGAACGCGGAUUGUUGGAGGUUCCCAGGUAGAGUUUAUAUUAUGCAACUGCUCUGCUCUAAAAACAGAUUCCUAUGCAAGGAGAGGGGGGUAAGACAGCUCUAGUUCCAUGUCUAUGUCUACCGGUUUUCCUUUUUCAUUUUUUUCUGGUUUUCUGUUGCUGUAAAAAUAGCAAUCGAGAAGGGAAAAUGAAAGAACGAAGAGAGUUUUUGGCGAUGAUAACGAAGGUUUUUUUUUUCCCCAGCAGGUUCAUAUAUGUUGACUUGGUUUUGUGGAUUGUGUGAUGGAUGUCUAGAAAGAGAGCAGAGGCAGAGAGAAUUUUUCUAGAUGUGUUCUAGAUCAGGGGUCUCCAACCUUGGCAACUUUAAGACUUAUGGACUUCAACUCCCAGAAUUCCUCAGCCAGCAUAGCCAGCAAAGCAAAGCUGGCUGAGGAAUUCUGGGAGUUGAAGUCCACAAGUCUUAAAGUUGCCAAGGUUGGAGACCCCUGUUCUAGAUCUGUCUUAAGAUAUAUUUUUCCGGGAUAUAGAAAGCAGAGAGGCCGGCAGAAGCUGGUCUGAUGAUGUCGCCCUGGCUGGGUUCACUCAUCAGAUUAGCCUAGGUUAAAAUGGGAUGGAAUACAGGGAGUCUUCGACUUACGACGACCACAAUUGACCCCAAAAUUUAUGCUGCUAAGCAAGACAAUUGUUGAGUGAGUUUUGUCCCAUUUUUUUUUUUUUGUUUACAUUUAUACCCCGCCCUUCUCCGAAGACUCAGGGCGGCUUACAGUGUAUAAGGCAAUAGUCUUCAUUCUAUUUGUAUAUUUUUACAAAGUCAACUUAUUGCCCCCCCAACAAUCUGGGUCCUCAUUUUACCUACCUUAUAAAGGAUGGAAGGCUGAGUCAACCUUGGGCCUGGUGGGGCUUGAACCUGCAGUAAUUGCAGGCUACUGUGUUCUUAAUAACAGGCUUUACCAGCAUGAGCUAAACCGGCCCUUCCAUUUGACGAUCGAUCUAGCCACGGUUAAGAUGAAUAACUGCACGUGUUAAAUUAAUAACACAGUUGCUAAGUGAAUCUGGCUUUCCGUUGACUUUGUUUGUCAGGAGGUCACAAAAGGAGACCCCUGGGGACUCUGCAUCUGUCAUGAACAUGAGUCAGCUCCCAAGCACUUUCAAUUUGGAUCAUGUGACCAUGAAGAUGUUGCAGCUGUCGUACGUGUGGAAAACGGUCAUAAGUCACUUUUUUUUCAGUGCCGUUGUCACUUCCAGUGAUCACUAAGUCGAGGACUACCUGGUGGUUGUUGUUUUUUUGUAAUUCAGACAUCCCAGCAAACCAGAGUUUGGUUGAGUCAUUUGGGCAGAGUGGCUUGCUUGUGUUAUCCCAGGUUUAAGGUUUCAUGGGGGCGACAUUCAGCCACCGUGUAAUGGCCACCUCCAGGUCUGGCCUCUAAAAAUCUUGAGUGCCUUGGGACUGUUUGGAUUGUGAUGGAUAGAAGGAACGUAGAAAGUAACUUGCAAAUGCAGAAGGUGGUAUUGUGUGCAAAGCACAAACCCAUCUGUGCAAAGCGAGGUGUGCAAGUCAGUGGUUGUGUUUUUUUUUAAAAAAAAAAAGAAUGGACCAACUCAUGGAGUCCUUUUCGGGAGUUCCUACCUGGCUUUCGACUGCACAUUGCAAUGAUUAAACUCCAUAGGAUCUUUUUUUUAAGGCUGAAGCUUUCAAUCCGAUCUAUUUUCAUGUCAGCGGAGACCAAGAUUCCCAGUGAUCUACUAACAACAAAGUAAAACUAUAAAACAAGCGAAGGUCUCGGCUCGUUCCGUCCUCCAAGGACUAAAGAAUAAAGCAUGAAAGGACGUUAAGCAUGGAAAACCAGUGUCCCGGGGGGGGAGGGGAGUCCUCUUUUUGGGGGGCCACUUACCCAGAAUUGCUUCUUCAGCACCAGAGAAGAUUCAAUUGCUCUUUUCCAUAGAUCUUUCUUCCAGAACAGGUAAUUGCUGUGUCUGCAGGCAGAACAGUGAAGACCCCCUUCCCCAACACACACACACAUCAACACACAAACACUUUUGGCCUCUGCCACGAGAGAUCCCUCUCGAGAAAUAUCCUUUCAUUGGGUUGCAGCUUGCGAUCCAUUUGAUCACCCCGGUUUUUCCUCUUGGGGAAGCCAUGACACCCAGAUUGGCUGGUUAGCGAUGGUUGGGCACCAUCGACGUGAGUCGCUAAACUGGGUUUCUUCCAGACGGAGCUGGCUGGAUUAAAUCAAGAAGCCAGCAGGAAUGGGUGGGAACUUCAGAAAAAUAGCUCCGAGGUUUUGUCGGGCUCCGUCAGGAAGACGAGUCAACAACAGAGCGAGAUCCCCAGCGGAGAUGAAGUCAAGUCGCUGGUCACUAACUCUUGUGAUCAAAGCUUCUGACGUGCUAUUAAAAAAAGUUUGGGUCUUCCAUUGCAUGGCCCCCAUCUUGACUUUGGCCCCUCCCCACAGAUAGCCUCUCUUCAGAUGGCGCUCAGAAAUAUUAUUGCUGUAGUCGUGUCAUAUAAAAAAGUAGGUUUGACCCCUUAUAGUUCAUCCACGGUGCCUCAAAAUGUGCCAAAACGGUUUGAAAAACAACCCCGGCAUUUUCUCAUUUUUAAAAAAAUUUUAAUUGCUAACUGCAUGGGGACAACUUGAGAGGGAGUGCAAUUUUAAAUAGCAUCUGGUUUUAUUAAAAGUUUCCGUCUUCUCAAUUCUAGACUCAAAACAGAAUAUAAAUUCCUAGGGCAACGGGGAAAGAGUACGAAAUAAUAACAAUUUAAAAAAUUGUAAAUCCAGGCAAAGAAGAUACACAAAUACAAAAGAGGCACGAGAGUUCUGUGCACAAGUGAAAAGCGAAAUUCCAAACCUGUGGUGUAUAUAUUAUUGUGUGCUUGCCAUAUUUUAAAUGGAAGCAUUUCCUAUUCGUUGUGGAUAAAAAGAUCUUGGGUUUUUUUUUUCACAUUGUAGUAAAUUAUUAUAAAGCCAAUGAUAUUUCAUGGCCUAUUAUUGUAUCAAGCUGUGCUUGUUGUUGUUGUUUUUCUCUUUAUGGUUGUAUUGCUUUAACUGAUGUAUAAAUAUUGUCUGUAAAUGACAAGCACCUCGUUUACAAAGCAUUAAUUGUGAUCACCGGCCGUCUUCCACCCAACCAGCAAGAAAGCUGGUGGGAAAGCACUCGGGGGCCGCUUGAGCUUCUGUGGAGACCCUGCCCAUUCCUUGCCCUGAUUUGGCUGACGUCACAUUGCAGGAGAAACCCGCCCACUCCCUCUCCCCACAGUAGGGGGGACCGACCCAUGACAGCACAAGCCAGAACUGGAGAAAGCAAUAGGGUUUUGCAUGCUGGGAAGGGUUUUUGUGCAUCCUCCAUCCCUUGGAGACAGCUUUGGCCAAGGGGGACAUCCUGCAGAAGGCUUCAGAUGUUCUCAUCUCAGGGACCAAAAAGAAAUCCAGGCAGCUGCUGUUACAGAUGGUGCCCAACACUUCUACAAGGUGUUGCGUGUCUCAGCUGUUUGUAAGACCUGAACCCAACCAAUGCUCGAGUAUAGGAACCUUCCACGUAUAAACGGAAUGUCAGCAUUCCAAGCCAUGCACCCAUAGGAAGCAGGACUCCGAGGUAGGCAGGGAAUUCCUCAAAAGAAGAGUUUAUUGGAUACUUCAUGUUGGCACAAUUGGUGAAAGCUGGCACUCAAAUUUCCCGCGAUUAAAAAGUUCCCUUUUCCCGCCCAAGUCACUGGUCACGCUGGCCAGUUGCCUGGUUACUUGCUCCUCCUCUGGCCAGCCACCUGUGAGAAUGUCCUUGGUUCCCACAGAAAAACUCAGCCAGGUUCAACUCAGGGUUGACACGGAGGCCGAGAUGUCGACCAUCACUUCCCAAGAUGUGACAGUGUCGAUAAGAGCAAGGGGCGUGCGAGAGCGCUCUUUCUCAGGGCUCGGGAUAGGCAGACCCACAACUGCUCAGAUGGCUUCUCUUUCUUAGUGUUACUGGGGGGCACAAACACGGUCAGCUCAAAUCAUUCCAGCACCCGGAACGGAGAAGCCAAGACUGGAAGAGCUCAACUUGGCUCGGUGACCACUUAAUGUUAUGUGACAGUGAGGUUGAACUGGGGUAGUACAAUGUAUGGACAUGCAGUACUGAGUAGGUAUCUCCUCUUACUAGGAAGUCUUGUUGUAUUAAAUAAUGCAAAAUUAGCCAUUCUAAAGAAUUCCUUGCCGAAUGGAGCAAGAUCGGAUUCAACUGAGUAACACUGCAGGGUGGUUGUUUUUUCUUGUGCAAUUUUUUGAAAAUUGAAAAAAAAAAUUUACAGACCUGCAGAUGACAACAGAUCAACCUUGGUGAACUAAUAAUGUCAUCCAUGGGAUUAUGAAUUCAAGUGGUCCAGGGACUCCUGCUUUGAGCAGGACUAGAAGACCUCCAAGAUCCCUUCCAACUCUGUUCCUCUGUACCCAGCCCAGCGGGCCAAUCGCAGGAGGCAAGACAGGGCCAUCGAUCUGGCACUGUGGGGAGACCAGGUGGAAACGACAAAUGGGGCAGCUGGUACAGUGAGGUGGAAAUGGGGCAAUCUGUGAUUCUUCAGCCAGCAUAAAGAAAUUAUCCUGGGCCUUUGGCUUGUUUGUAUGAGUCAUUUUUUUUAAAAUGCAGUCAUUAUUCUGUCAGUUCUGAUGUUAUUAAAAAAAAUAAUCCGA